AUGGCGAAGAGGAAACAUCACUUUGGUCCAAACGGGACAAACAACAAAGAUCCCGAAGUGUCUCCUUUGGUUUGGACUCUUUCUUUUUGAAGCAUGUUGCGUUCGUAAAGCUGCUCUUAUGGACGACAUGUUGGGGACACUGGCUUCGUUAAAAUGAACACAGACAAGCCCUGUGUUGCUCCAAAGCCAGCAUUUGUUUGUCCCGCCCGCCUGACGCUGGCGUCGGCAGCCAGGAGUCCCAAGCCCUCUGUCGCCCCCAAGCCCAUUCUGAAGCUCCAUUCCAGAGACUGUCUCUUGACAGGCACCCUGGAAGGAUGUGUGAAUGGGGGCGUGGAUGGAGACGCAAUGAGAGGUCUGAAGGAGGAUGAGCCUCACCCGGAAAAGAAAGAAGAGGCGUUGCAGAAAAUGGACGAGGACUGUAGACAAACGGAGGAAGCGGACUCCCUGGACGGACUGUGGACGACUGACUCUGAGGAGGCGGUGGAGAUGAUUGACACCACGGACGUGACAGAGGACAUGGACGAGGACGCGGGCGAGGCGCUGGCUGACGCAGACGGCCUCUCGAUGGGGGACUUUUCUGUUAAUAGCGUGGAUGAGGAGAAAGGGGUGAAGAAGAGGGCGCGGGGACAAGACAAAACGGACGAUGAGUCUCUCGCCGAUGAUCUCCUCAGUGAAGCGUCUCCCCCUGAUGGUGGAGGACACCAAAUGUAUCACACGCUAAAGUGGCAGGUUGCCUUGGAGGUGAGUCCAACUGACCAGCCGUAUUACGUGGCGCCGGAGGACAUUAUCAAUAAAGACUUGACCCCAAGUUAUAACGGAGAUUGUCCCCUGUCACCACAGACGUGUUUUCUCGGUGGUGUUUUAGCAGGGAAGUAUCACACAAGUCAUGGCAACCAAGGUCCACGAAGAUGCAGAGGGGGUGAAGAGCACAAACUAGACACCUUAUUGUGUCAUUUGUACUCCCAGCCCAAGUUUAGGCUGCUGUGUAACUCUCAUACCUCAGAAAACCGCCUGAAGGACUUGGAGGUGCGCAAUGACCCGGGCACCUGUGGCGAUCACCUUUACGAGGAUCCGGGCGACGAUAGUUCAGAGGGUGAGAAUGUCUUCCCUCUAAGCAGGAGGACAACGGGAAUGCGCUCACGCUCCCUGUCACACAACCUGAAGAAUGAUGCAGGGGACCGCCUGGUUCACGGACCCUGCAUGAGCAGAUCCAGUCAAAAAGGACCCGUGUUGAGCAGCAGCCCCACGUUGAGGAGCCACUCCAAACCUCACUACUUGGCCCUCUACCCCUCCUCCCCCCACGUCCACAGAGACACCCAAGCUUUCCCGUCCGGAAGUUUCUCCAGAUGUUCACCUCUGUCAUGCAGCGGUCUGUCCACGCCCUCGUCAGUGGUGGACAUCCCUCCACCUUUUCAACUGGCCUACAUCACCAAGAGGCCCAUCACGAAGAGCACGCCCUCACUUCUCACCGAUGUGGACUCCUCGGAGAAAAACAGGAAGAAGAAAUCCUCCAUCAAGCGCUUCCUGAUGCUAAAGUUUCGGCGGAAACCAGAGAGCAAGCCAGCCGUGGUGGACUCGCCCUCAUCGGAGUCCUCAACCGACUCCAGCCGCCUCACGCGCAGCAGACUGUUAGAUCUGGAUAGACACAGCCUUGGGAGUUCCCCACAUCUCCGCUCGCACGCCGCAUGCCAGCCUCAAAUGUCUCCUCAGCCAACACCCGCCUUCUUGUUCUACCCGGAAACCAAAAGAAAAGGAAGCUCUGUGGCCUUCCUCAAUCGUAGCGUGGUGCGGGUGGAGUCCUUCGAGGACCGCUCCCGCGUGCCUUUCUCUCCGCUCCCCCUCACCAAGCCUCGCUCCAUCUCCUUCCCCAACACGGGUAGCUCCGACUACGAAAAUGUGCCCGCCGUUAACUCGGACUAUGAGAAUGUUCACAUCUCGCAAUGGAGGCCCCUGCGCCCCCGGGAUCUGGGGGGCUUCUUUGAGCGUCCGCCAAGGGUUCUGUCCACUACCAAUGAGACGGACGGGUACGUGGACAUGAGCAGUCUUCCUGGAUUUGAGUUCAAGACGAAGUCACCUGUACAGGAAGAAGAGAGUGCCUACACGGAAGCCUACAAAGUGUGUCCAGUGGCUGUGGUCCCUCCAAGCAGCCCGGUGACUGGUGUCAGCGGGCCCACUGCAGCAGAGGAAGACAGCGGACGGAUCUCUGAGGAGGAAGACGCAGGCAGUGAGAGCCCCUAUGAGAGACAGAUAGACGGGCGAUCGCGAGCCUUUUACAUCGCAACGGAGCUGCUGGAUACUGAGAGACUACACGUAAGAGCCCUCAAGCUUCUCCAGGAAGAUUUUCGAGGAGCGGUCGGCGCCGCGGCCGGGGACGACGGAGAGCCUGCUUUGGAUGACGGAAGACUUUGUGAGAUCCUCAACGAGCUGCCUGAUGUUUACCUCCUGCACCGUAGAAUCCUCAACGAGCUGGAGGAUGGAACCCGGCGCUGGGAGGAGAGCCAGAGGAUAGCAGACAUCUUCCUCUGCAGGAAGGCAGAGUUUUUAGUCUUCACCACCUACAUUGGACACUACGACAGAAGCAUCAAUCUGCUGGAUGAGAGCUGCAUCGCCUCGCCUGCCUUUGCAGCCAUCGUUCGCCAGUUUGAGCAGCAGAGUCCGUCCGGCCAAUCCAUCUCUCUCAAGCAGCAACUCCUGCAGGUGAUCGUGCGUGUGGCUCAGUACCGCAUGAUCCUGACAGAUUACUUGAACAACCUCUCCCCUGAUUCACAAGAAUAUGAGGACACCCAAGCUGCCAUCGUGAUGGUGUCAGACAUUGCAGACCAGGCCAAUGACAGUUUGAGACACGGGGAGAACCUGCUGCGUCUGGUCAACAUCGAGUACAGCGUGCACGGCCAGCGGGACCUGCUGCAGCCUGGUCGGGUUUUUGUGAAGGAGGGCACCUUGAUGAAGGUCAGCAGGAGGAGCCGACAGCCUCGUCAUCUGUUUCUGAUGAGCGAUGUGCUGCUUUACACCUACCCACAACAGGAUGGCAAGUACAGACUGAAGAACACGCUGUCGCUCACCGGGCUGAAGGUUACAAAACCCAUCAUGGAAAACGUCCACAACGCAUUGAGGAUGGAGGGGACAGACAUUUCCAUCACUUUGUCUGCAAGCUCCUUCCUUGAACGAGAGGACUGGUUUUCCGCUUUGAGUCGCACUGUGAGUGAACAUGCCCGAGGAUGUGCGCCCUCCGACAACUGCUCAGGAGAGGUCAGAGAUGGUCUUGGGCUCACGUUAGGAGAAAAGCCCCCCACGCUCGUCCCGGUGUCCCAAGUCAUGAUGUGCAUGAACUGCACUUCGGACUUCAGCCUGACUCUGCGUAGACAUCACUGCCACAGCUGCGGGAGGAUUGUGUGUAGGAGCUGCUCCAAGAACAGAUAUCCACUCAAGUACUUGAAGGACCGUAUGGCCAAAGUGUGUGACCACUGUUACAAGGAGCUGAAGAAGAGAGGAGAAGACACGUCUGCGCUCCCGGCCAAGAGCAGCCCUCGUCUGAGCCGCGCCAGUCGCCCUCUCUCUUCCGUCUUCCAAAGCAUCCAUCCUCCAAACAUUUGGAGGCAUCGCAAAGGCACCCUCUCCUUCAACCACCAGGUGAGCACGUCUGACGGGGGCUCCAUGAGUGGCAGCUUGCAUCGCAGCAAGAAGAGCAAGAGGAACUGGAAGAGACUGUGGUUCCUGCUGAAAGACAAGGUCCUUUACACCUACAGAGGCCAAGAGGAGAAGGUGGCGUCGGAGAGUUUGCCCUUGUUGGGCUUCACGGUGAAGUUACCCGACAACCUCGGAGGCGACCAAGAGGCCAACGUCUUUCAGCUGUACCACAAAAACACUUUGUACUACACCUUUAAAGCAGAGGACAACCACACGGCCCAAAGGUGGGUCAACGCCAUGGAGGAAGCCACCCUUUUAUAGGACCACGCAGCGUGCCACGUGCCUCUUUGUGAGGGGGCACUGUCACCUUCUUUUGUUUUUGUGUCUUUUUUUUUCUUUAAACCUCCUGCCAGCAGGUGUGAUGCUGUGCACCACCUGCCAAGUCAUGUGACCUCUAUCGCCAUCCGCCGCUGGUCAGCACAGUAAAGUCCUAGAAAACAAUGUUGAAAGACUGUGAAGCAUUCAACGUUUUCACUUGAAAAAAAAUACCCUCAUCUUCAAGUAUUACAUUUGGAAAGGUAUGUAUUCUUUGAAUUAUAUUUUCUAGGGCUGCACGAUAAUUAUCGGGCUGAUAUCAGGGAAUUAUGGCAUCAUACAGAUAAGUCUGACAAUAUUAAAAAUAGUUCCAAUAGCUGAUAAUUUAAAAAAAAAAGUGCUCCAAUUAGGUGAGAUUACCCGUGCUUUGCAGGGGUGAACAAAUCAAGUGCUACUUUUUUCUCCUGCCGGUGACGUUUUAAUCCACCGGAAAUGCUAGCACCGCAUUUGAAAAGUGCAAAAGGUUUGCCAGAGACCUCAGUGGCGUCACACCGGCUGCUCGGAGUGUGUGCUCGAAUACAGUGCACCUUGCUGGGCCACGCCAGGUGGCUCCUUCCCCUCUGUACUCUGGUUCUCCUGAUUGUAGUGAUGUGGCAGUGAUAUUUGAUUAGGACAAAUCAACAGGUACACUUGGUCAGAUCUGUAUUUGUUCCAGUCCUUCUUACCUCUAGGUGUGCACAAACUACACUUAAAUCCAAAUUUUAAAAAGGUAGAUAUAAAAUAGUAUCAUGUCGGUCUUGAGAAGAAGAAAGUUAUCUGUAUCAGUUUGGGAAAAAAAAGAUAUCCCGCACCUGUAAUAAUUUCCUUUCCUAAAGAAGCAUCUGAAGUGCUAUAAUGGUUCAUGCACAGUGGAUUUUUUUGCACAGAAGCCGUAACAGAGUAAAAGUGCAAUGUCAGCACAACAGUUAUGUUUGGACUUGUUGAUGUAUUGAGCUUAUUUCUAAGAGGAUUCUAUUAAAAACCAAGUAAAGGAGAAAGCAUAACAAUGGGAACCAUCUGUGUCCUGCUAAUGGCUGCUGGUCUCAAUAUUGACAUUUGGCAGGCUAUUAUUGACUUGGUGGGUCUCUGUCCUUGCAGAAGGACACGCUGUAUGUACAGCAUAUACAGUACGUACAUGAAUGCAAACAUUGGCCCUACUGCACUCACACAGGCCCUUACGCACAAGUCAACAGUUUGUGCAGCACGGCCGGCAAAAGGCCACCCGUGCCUGUUCUGCUUCUCCUUUCUGCCACCCCCCCCACCCCCUGGCUUGCUGACCCAGAAUAUUGUUAAGCAGGGGGCCUUCUUUCUGGGGAUCUUGAGAAGCUGCAGACAGACUCAUCCCUACCCCUAACCCUCGAAAUAGUGUUUAUGACGUUCGAAAUAUGUUUUUUAACAUUAUUAGAACCCGCUAGACCUGAAAUAACACCCCCAUAGUCACCUUUACACUCUUAUUAUUCAUUCAUUACAUGACAUUGCAACUUUUAUGCUGCAGGGACUCGAGACGGCCGCCAGCUAGCGAGCUAACCAGUUAGCCUCCAAUUUAUUUCUUCUAAACUUAAGAAGCUAAAAAGUUACCACUUCCACACGGGAAGGGAGGAGAACUCUUUUCCACCCCAAUCAUGUGGGACAUGCCGUGGCUGACGUCAAGGCUUCAUGCAUUCCUGAGUUUGUAAACAGUACGUACAAUAUGUUUCAACAACACAACAUAAAAAAUGACUGAAGCGUGUCCACGCAAGUAUUGAUCCGAUACCGAUACUGCCAAAAUGAUAUGGAUAUUAAAUACAGAUACAGUAAUCCCUCGCCACUUCACACUUCAAACUUCUACUACAUUUCUUUCAAAAGUAUAGUCAUGAAUAAUCACUAGCGUCCGUGUGGAGCAAUCAAAUGACUCCUUCCUGCCGCCAUAAAGGAUAUCACUAACAAGGCACACCUUCAGCUCGUCUGGUAGCUCCACCCAUUCAAGGAGAACCAAAAUGAAAUGAGAAGAAACAAUGAGCCUAGAUGGAGACACGAAAUCAAAACAGAGAAACCAAUAAGGUGCUCACCUGAGGCAGGAUCACUGCACAGUGUGACAAUUUUCUCUUAUUAUAUCCACUAUAUUGGGUAAUAGGAGUGUAAAGGUGACUAUAGGGGUGUUAUUUCAUGUCAAGAGGCCUACAAUAACGUUAAAAAGCAUAUUUAGAAGGUCAUUAAUGUCUUAUUUUCUCUUAUGUCCACUAUAUUGGGUAAAAGCAGUGUAAAGAUAACUAUAAGGGUGUUAUUUCAUGUGUAGAUGGCGCUAAUGUUGUUAAAAAACAUAUUUGAAAGGUCAUUAAUGUCUUAUUUUCUCUUAUUAUGUCUACUAUGUUGGGAAAUACCUUGGUCGGCAGCAGGGAUUCAUUCCCACAUCCGUUGAAUUUGCUUCUCUGCAGACAAAGCUCGUUUUCUGUGUUUUUUGGUCAAAAUCAGGUGUUUUUGCUGAAAGUACCCUAUGUUCUACCGCCAAUAUCUAAAGACCCAAAAAGGCUCGAAACUAACUUUUUUUCUGAUGAAAGAAGAGAGUCUAAAGUUUCAAUGUUUAUGUAGUCUUAAAACUCUGUCUUCUGUGGGUCUUGAAAGUUGAGCAAAAAUGCCCAAAAACUGGCAGUAUGGAGCUCUGUGCUCUGAACAUGGCUGGCCGUCAAUGGGUUAAAGAUGGAAGUUUUUCUUACUACCCCCAGAUCCCCUUGUCCUACACAUUACGUAAAGCCGGAAUGGAGCAGAUGCACCACGGCCCAGUCGGGGGUCAUUUCGGGGGGGAAAGAACACUGGCACAUGUCCAAACAACUAUUGGUACAAUACGAGGGACCAAGUGACACUGUGGUGCCGCACAGAGAAGACACCACAGGACGCCACGGGCAGCAUGAGGGUUGGGGCGCCCAUGGGGAGGAUUACACUUGACCUCAUGGGGCCUUUAAAUGACAGACACAACUGUUACAUCCUCGUUGUACAAGACUACUUCAGCAAGUGGGUAGAAGCCUACCCCAUCCCCCAUGAGCAAGAUUGUGUCAGAGUGGGUAUGUAGAUACGGGGCCCCACACACACUACACAGCCAUCAGGGAACCAAUUCCGAGUCAGCAGUAUUCCAGAACAUGUGCCAGCUACUCCUUUCCACCCACAAUCAGACGAGCAGGUGGACACUUGCAGCCGCCGCUGAAAGGUGUCACUGGGACUGGGAGUUAAUGCUGCCCUACACAAUCUGGGCUUAUAGAGCAACCAAACACGGUUCUACCGGACUGACCCCUAAUGUGAUACUGUUUGGUUGAGAAGUCACCGAGCCCGUGGGCUUAGUGGCUGGACAAUAGUGCUCGUCAUAACACUACCAGCUUGCGUGGAGAGGCCCUGGGAAAGACCUCUGAAAGGGUAAAGGCCCAGUAUAAAGUUGAUACCGCUGUGUGCUAUUUAAUUAAAAGCACCCAAAGAGUAAGGAGCAAAGUUCCUGCCAGUUUGUGAUGGCCCGUACUUGACCACUUGGUGUACCAGAUACAGAAGGGGUCAUGACAAGUUCAAGGUCUACCACUCCCGGACCAUGCUAUGCAGCAGCUGGAUCCUUGCAGGCUCCCAACGCAUCAGCACCACUGGAGGUGUCACCCCCAGCUUCUGACAAAGAAUAUGACAUCCGCAUCGCACCUCUUGAGCUGUGGGACACCCCCCCUCCAACAGUGACCAAAGGGGACGAUGGUUCCAGUCCACCUGUUUCAGUGUACCCUAGUCCAUCUCCUGCACAGCCUCAGCAGAGUGAGGCUGCUACUCCACAUUCAGUCUUCCCACCACGGCUUAGACCGCCAAGGACAAGGAGAGCACCUGAUGUGUUUGGUGACUGGGUUAAUCACUAAACAUCGCUACCGAUGCACUUCUACCUGAGUCAGGGUGGAGGCGGAUCGCUGCCCUACUGAGUGGGGAAAAAAAAGUGUUUGUGAAUCCAUGGUGAGUUUGUUUACAUGCACUUCAAGUAGCGCUAUUCCUAUUCUAUGUGUUGCAAAUUACGUGCCUUAAGAGUUAUGGGAGUCGUGGCUGCUAAGAUGCCUUUUGUGUGCUGAAACAACGACAGGCUUAAACAUUCCACCAUGUCGAUCUUCCACCAUGCCUCCAAGCACGCUACACUUUAUGCUGACUGGCUUUAAAAUAGAGCUGUCAAUUGAUUAAAAUAUUUUAUCAGGAUUCAUUGCAUUUUGUCCAUAGUUAACUCAUAAUGAAUCACAUUUAAUCACAGACAGAAAGAAGAUUUUAUCUAUAAUAUGUAGGGAUUGAAAUCAUUUUGUGGUGAAUGAUUUGAUACGUCACCUCUCAACUACACAAACAUGGCGGUGUAGGAGACAGAGGAUGUUUACAGUGAUUAUAGCCAAGAUUUGAGCCAUGGGUCAAUAGUUUUGGAGGAGAAAAGAAGGGAAAAACAUUUGGAGAUGGAAUAGAGAACUUGCAGAACAUGGACUUGCGCCUUAAGACAUGCGGAUGAAGAUUGGUCGCCUUCAAUACACAGAAUGGUGAGUGUAAAUUACUCUGGAGUUGCUUAUCUUUCAGUUAUUGUUUUAAAUCAACUUCUUAAUGAGAGUAAAGUAGUCUUCAUAGCCUAAUUUAGUUUAUAUUUUGUCACCACCCACCGUCACAAUCAUUCAUAUAACAUGUAUAAUGCUUCGCAGCCUUGUCGCUAUCAUGGAAUAGUGUUUAGAAGACAUGAUGUAAACAAGACAUGACUUACUCUGUUCUGUGGCAACUUUGAAAUAGUGGUGAGUGUUUUUUUUUUUUCCCGGUACUAUUCCGUUGUUGGAAUAGCAUUCUUUUUCAAAAUGCGUUUAUAGUGUACUUUCGAGCCAAAUGCUUCUUGGAAAGGUGUUCCUUUACAGCAGUAGCAGUCAUCCGUGAAAUGAUCACUGCAAAAAAACAAACAACAAACUGGAGGCGGGUAUCCGUCUGUCUCUGGUUUUCUACUUUGUCCAAUGUUGUCUUAAACCUUCCUCUUUUAAAAAAGAAAACAAACAGUAUCACUGGGAUACUGUGAACAUCCAGCAGCAGCACAACAUUUUGUCAUGACUACUAUUUGGAUGAAAAAUAUACUGAACCAAGUCCACCAUCUACCUCGACAAGCGUUUGUUUACUCUGCUUUAGCUGAGAGGUGUCACUUUCGAAAUGACACUUUACUACUACAAGGAGUUUGUCAUGGCUGCCUCCUUGAACAAUAUGUGUCAUUUAUGCAAAUUUACCCUUCGCUUUCAAAAGACUAACAAUGUAGAACAUAAUUACAAACAAUAUAUUUACUUUGUACACAUAAUCUGUACUCACAAAGACAAAACGUUUUAGAGCA